ACCAUUAUACACACCUCAAGGACUCCAGUUAGAAUUGCAAAUAAGGGUACUCAACAAUCUUUUAGAGACAGCCAAAAGAGAAGACGUUGUAACAUUUGCAACUAUUCAAAGAAUUCAAAAGGAAGUAAACGGAAUUAAAGAUUUUAUAAGAUUUCACAAGUUAAAGAUUACAAUCGACGAAAUUCUUGAGUUUUUAAAAUUUGGAAGAUUUUGGUAUUUUUGGGUAGUUUAUUUAUUAAAAGGAGACUUAUAUACUAGUAUUACUGAAAAGGCUUUUGAUAAGGCAAGAGAAAACAAAGAUAAUUCUAUAGUAUUAAAUCAGUGUUUUAAAUUAAUUAUAACCUCCAUAAGAUAUCACGAACUUGCACAAGAAUCCUUUGAAUACUUACUAAAUAUAUUAGAAAACGAGUGGAGUAAUUACUUGGAAACUGACAACUGGAAAAUUGAAACAUCGAUAAAAUCAGAAACUAAUUCAAAAUUAGUAUCAAGGAAAAGUUCAAGAAGAAGUUCAAAAGUAUCAAAAAUGACUGGAAAUAAUGAUGAUAUAUUGGUUGAUACAUCCUCGCGUGAUCAAAGUUCACCACCAAAAAAUAGUAGUUAUAAUCCUUUACAAUUCAUAACUCAUUAUGAGAAUGCAGUGAGUUCUGAAGAAAGAAUAAAAAUGUUGACAUAUCUCGCAAAUAAUAGUAGGCUCUUUAAAAGGAAUUACGAACCUAUUGUAGUUGAAGCAGCUCAUCGCAGAUAUUAUAUGCUUUCUAAUAAAAAGGAUAGUCAGGAUUAUAUAACUG